AUGUCGGAGGGUGAACACGAAGGUGUUGUUGGGAUUGAUCCAGCGGUUCAAUUAAAGCUCUGUAAAGUGAAGCAUCUGGAAGAUGAAACAGAGGAAUUGAGGAAGUCGAAUUCUAGUUUGCAGAUUGAAAGUCUUGAAGUGGGUGGUGGUCGUGUGGUGGGGAUGAUUGGUGGUGCAUGGUGGGUUGUGGGUUUUGGUGGUGGUGGAGGUGGGGUACGAUGGUGGGUAGUAGUAACGGGUGGUGGUGGUGGAGGUGGGGGACGAUGGUGGGUAGUAGUAACGACUGGUGGUGGUGGAUCCAGUUUGCUUUUAACUAAUUCAAGGAAGACUCAAAAAUCAGAAGGGAAGAAGCUGAAACGGCUUGCAGAACACCAGCAAAGUGCUUACGCUAUCUCAGUUUAUCCUUAUCUACAUGACCUUUUGUUGCUGGAAAAGAAGGUUGGUUAA